UACGAGACAAAAGGUUGAAUCUCGGAUAGUGACAGUUUCAUUUUUUGCUACAAACGUAGUCUACACAUAAUAAAAUAAUAAUUUUAAGAAAUACAUUUUCAAUUUACUGCUGCAAUUUGUUUCGGUGGUAGUGUUUCCACCUAACACGAAACCCCUUGGAUAACAGAUAAAUUAUAAUAAAGCAAAAGCUAAAGCCAUUAACGAAUUAAUUAGUAAAUAACGUUUGGAUUUAAUUAUAAAACUGGCGGAGGAAGUUACGGAAAACUCCAACAAAAUGAGUUGGGGUAUUGAAUUAUGGGAUCAAUACGAAAACUUAUCAAUACACACAAACAAAGGCAUUGAAUUUCUGGACAAAUAUGGCAAUUUCAUCAGAGAUCGCUUAGCGAUAGAAUCAGAAUAUGCAGCGAAGUUGAGACGACUAGUGAAAAACUAUCAGCCCAAGAAAAAAGAGGAGGAAGAUAAUGAGUAA